AUGGCCCUGCGACCCUGUGGCCUCCUGCUGCUCCUGGCGGUGCUGGGCGUCUCCCGCGGAGCUCUGCAGCCAGGGUGUGGCCAGCCCCAGGUUUCGGACGUGGGGGCCCGAAUCGUGGGGGGCCACGCUGCCCCAGCGGGCGCAUGGCCCUGGCAGGCCAGCCUCCGCCUGCAGAGGGUGCACGUGUGCGGAGGGUCCCUGCUCAGCCCCCCCGCCCACUGCUUCUCCGGGUCCCUGAACUCAUCCAACUACCAGGUGCACCUGGGAGAGCUCAUGGUCACUCUGUCCCCCAGUUUCUCCACCGUGGGGCGGAUCAUCCUGUACCCCAGACCCCCAGGGCCACCGGCGGCCAGUGGGGACAUCGCCCUGGUGCAGCUGAGCGCCCCGGUGACCCUCUCCGGCCAGGUGCUGCCCGUGUGCCUCCCAGAGGCCUCAGCUGACUUCCGGCCCGGGACACGGUGCUGGGUGACUGGCUGGGGCUACACACGGGAGGGAAAGCCCCUGCCGGCCCCCUACAGCCUGCUCCAUGGUGGACGCGACACCUGCAGCUGGGAUGCGCCAGAGGGCAGCCUGGUCCAGCCCGACAUGCUGUGCGCCUGGAGCCCCGGGGACGCCUGCCAGGACAACUCGGGGGGGCCCCUGGUCUGCCAGGUGGACGGCUCCUGGCUGCAGGCUGGCGUCGUGAGCUGCGGCCGCCCUGCCCGGCCGGGCAUCUACACCCGCGUCUCUGCCUACGUGGGCUGGAUCCGCAGCCACACCCCGGCCUCAGAGGGCUCAGGGUCUGCCCGCCCCGCGCUGCCCCCACUGGCCGGCUUCUUCCUCCCCGGACUCCUCCUCCUGCUGCUCUGCUGCACCCUGGUGGCCAAGCGCUGGCUGCGCCCAGCCUGGGUCGCCACCCGCAUGACCCCUGACCCUUGACCCCGACAGCAGUGA